GUACCAUCAAAUUAUCCUCUAUCAGAGAUUCAGAGUAGUAAGCUGCCUGCGUACAUACCAUCUACAAAACCAGAUAUUGCUAUCACAUAGAGAAAUUCCAAGCGAGGAACAAUGCUGCAAUUGCUCCAUGGGACACUUAUAGCAUCAAUUUUUGAAGUUGAUAGGAUACACUAUGAAUGCAGCGCCAAUUUACGAAAGUGUGGAAAAAGGUUUCUAGCCAAAGUUAAGAAAUUCGUGCUGUGCCGACCAGUAGAGAUUUUUGGAUCUAAACUCUAUGCAACAGUGGAUUUAGAUAAGGCCAGGGUUGCACGGACUAGAAUGGUUGAAAACCAACCCUCCAAUCCCCAGUGGUCAGAGUCUUUUCGCAUAUACUGUGCCCAUGAUAUCUCACAUAUUAUAUUCACAGUCAAAGAGGGUGAUCCUAUUGGGGCAACACUGAUUGGAAGAGCUUAUGUACCUGUUGAGGAAAUCAUAAGGGGGUUUAUGUUUGAGAAAUGGAUUGAUAUUUUGGAUGUAGACCACAAUCCUAUAGGUUCUAAAAUCCGUGUCAAGUUGCAGUUUUUGAGUGUUGCCCAAGACUUGCAUUGGUCUCAGGGAAUCAAAACGCAACAAUUUGAGGGAGUUCCUUAUACAUUCUUCAAGCAAAGAAAAGGUUGCAAAGUUUCUCUAUACCAAGAUGCCCAUGUUCCAGAGAAUUUUUAUCCUUGGAUAAAGCUGUCCAAUGGGGAGUAUUAUGAGCCUCAGAGAUGCUGGAUGGACAUCUUUGACGCAAUUAGUAAUGCAAGGCACCUAAUUUACAUAGCUGGAUGGUCUGUGUAUACUGAGAUAACCUUAAUAAGGGACCCGAGAAAGUCGCAGCAAGAUGUCCCAACAUUAGGGGAGCUGCUUAAGAAGAAGGCUGAGGAAGGUGUCACGGUUCUGGUGCUUGUUUGGGAUGACAGAACUUCUCUUAUGGAGCUGAGGAAGGAUGGUUUAAUGGCAACUCACGACCAAGAUACUGAGAAAUAUUUUCAAGGCACAAAUGUGCGUUGCUUUUUGUGCCCGCGUAAUCCUGAUUUUGGAAGAAGCAGAAUUCAGGGGUUUGAGAUUUCUACCAUGUUUACUCACCAUCAGAAGACAAUAGUAGUUGACAAGGAAGUAACUGGUGGAAGAUCACAACAGCGAAGGAUAGCAAGUUUCAUUGGUGGUAUUGAUCUUUGUGAUGGGAGAUACGAUACGCUAGAACAUCCCUUAUUUAGUACUUUGAGCACAAUCCACCAUGAUGAUUUCCAUCAGCCCAACUUUGCAACUGCUUCUAUCAACAAGGGUGGUCCAAGGGAGCCAUGGCAUGACAUUCAUUGCCAACUAGAAGGGCCAAUUGCUUGGGAUGUCUUAUACAAUUUUGAGCAGAGGUGGACUAAGCAGGUGGGGGACAAGUUCCUCAUUCCUAGAGGCAAGCUUGAUGAGAUUAUAAUCUACCCAUCACCAGUUACAUCAUCAGAUGACCCGGAAUCAUGGAAUGUUCAGUUGUUCCGAUCCAUUGAUGGCGGGGCGGCUUCUGGCUUUCCCGUAACACCUAAAGAUGCAGCAGCAGUAGGCCUUAUUACUGGGAAGGAUAACAUCAUCGACCGAGGAAUUCAGGAUGCAUAUAUCAAUGCUAUUCGACGAGCCAAAAAUUUCAUCUACAUUGAGAAUCAGUAUUUUAUUGGAAGUUCAUAUGGCUGGAAAUCAAGUGAUAUUAAGGUAGAGGACAUUAAUGCUUUGCAUCUUAUACCAAAGGAGCUCUCACUAAAGAUUGUUAGUAAAAUUGAAGCAAAUGAGAGGUUUGCUGUUUACAUUGUGAUCCCAAUGUGGCCGGAAGGAAUACCAGAGAGUUCUUCUGUUCAGGCAAUAUUAGAUUGGCAGCGGAGGACAAUAGAGAUGAUGUACAUAGAUAUCACUCAAGCCCUUAAUAGAAAGGGACUUGAGGCCAAUCCCCGCGAUUAUUUAAAUUUCUUCUGCCUUGGGAAGCGAGAGGCUAGGAGAGAGGAAGAAUAUGUACCUCCAGAGAAACCAGAACCUGACACUGAUUAUAGUAGAGCUCAGCAAGCCCGUCGCUUCAUGAUAUAUGUUCAUUCAAAGAUGAUGAUAGUUGACGAUGAAUAUAUAAUCAUUGGAUCCGCAAACAUCAACCAGAGGUCAAUGGAUGGAGCAAGGGACUCUGAGAUUGCAAUGGGAGCAUAUCAACCCGGGUAUUUAGCCGAUGAAGGAGCAGCAAGGGGCCAAAUCUAUGGACUCCGAAUAGCAUUAUGGUAUGAACACCUUCGAUUUGGAGUGAUGGACGAGUCCCUCCUUCAUCCAGAAAGUAAGAGAUGUGUCAAUGUAAUGAAUGAUAUUGCCAAGAAUAAUUGGGAAAUAUACAUGAAGGAGACAAUUGAUGCAGACAUGGAAGGACAUCUACUCCCUUAUCCCAUCCAAGUAACUAGGGAUGGAAAGAUUACAACACUGUCAGGGUCUAGAUUCUUCCCUGAUACCAAAGCUCCUGUUCUGGGUGCCAAAUCUGAAUACCUUCUUCCAAUCCUUACCACUUAGUAGCAUGCCUACCAGAGUAUAUAAUAAUUAUCAUGCCCUAUGUAAAUCUCAUUCAUUCAUCCAAAUAAAAAAACAAAUGUAACCAUCAUUCAUUUAGUAGUAAUAAUAUUGGGUGGUAAUUAUCCUACAUUGCUUUAAA